CAAAUUGCCUUCCAGAAGGGUCGGAUCCAUUCACAAACCACCAGCAGUGUAUUAGUGUCCCAACUUUGCAGCUGUGUUUUGAUGAAUUCCUGACGCUUUUCCAGGAAGGAUAUUCAUGUCAUUUCCCCUGGGGCUGUCUUAGGGAUGGUUGGGGGUCUCUGGGAAAUGCGUUUCUAGGUGAAGGACAAGCUGCCAUCUUUCCCCACGCUGGCUCGUAGUAGCUUGGCCGACGGUGUUUCUCCCUUGGAGUGCCUUCCAUUCUGUCUCUUGCCCAUCCUCCCAAGUGACCAGAGGCCCGAAAGCCAGCUCGUGUUAGUUUUUGGGGUUACAGGGAGGGUUUCGUUCAUGACUCCCCAGAUCUUCCUCCUCACACCUCAGGGUAGGCCAGCUGGUGCUGUACUCUACGUAAAAGGCGGGGAACACGUCUGCCAGCAGAAAGGGGCCAAAUGUGAGGAAUGGGCACAGUCACUGCCCGGCCCUCCUGGUUUGUUUGGGCCAUGUAAGCAGGAUGGGGAAGAAGAUUCUGACCCUCUGGGGGGAAAUGAAUGUGGAAGGGAGGGUCAUCGAAGGAAGUGUUGUGGGGAGCCUCUGCUUCUCCCAUUUGCCCCCCUUGCUUGGGCAGGCCUGGGCCUGGGCACUCGGGCCAUCCCCUGGUCAGUAAUCUUGCAAUCCCUUCUCUCUCUUUCUAGAAAGUCCAAGGCAAAGCCAAAUGGGAAGAAGCCUGCUCCGGAAGAGAAGAAGUUGUACCUGGAGCCAGAGUACGCCAAAUCUAGAAUUACUGACUUUGAGUUUAAGGAACUGGUGACGUUGCCGCGGGAGAUCGACCUCAACGAGUGGCUGGCCAGCAACACGACUACCUUCUUCCACCAUGUCAACCUCCAGUAUAGCACCAUCUCCGAAUUCUGCACGGGAGAUACCUGCCAGACCAUGGCUGUGGGCAGCACGCAAUACUACUGGUAUGACGAGCGGGGGAAGAAGACCAAGUGUACGGCCCCCCAGUAUGUCGACUUCGUCAUGAGCUCCGUGCAGAAGCUGGUGACGGACGAGGACGUCUUCCCCACAAAAUACGGCAAGGAGUUCCCCAACUCGUUCGAGUCGCUGGUCAAGAAGAUCUGCAGGUACCUGUUCCACGUGCUGGCGCACAUCUACGCGGCGCACUUCAAGGAGACGCUGGCCCUGGAGCUGCACGGACACUUGAACACGCUCUACACGCACUUCAUCUUGUUCAUCCGGGAGUUCAACCUGGUCGACUCCAAGGAGGUCACAGUCAUGGACGACCUCACGGAGGUUCUGUGCAGCGGCGGGGGCGGCGGCAACGGCAAUGGCGGCAACGGCGGCAACGGCGGGGGCGGGGGGGCGGCACAGAACCACGUGAAGGAGAGAUGAGCCCACCCUGGGGCCCAGGACACGCACGGACCUUGGGAAGAGCAGCCUACCGUAGUCUAUAUUCUAUUUCUGCAAGGGCCGGGCGCCCGUGCGGGGGGGCGUGUGCCCGCGGCUCUGGGGGAGAGAUGGGCGCCCCCCCCGCGCCCCCCGCGCCCACGGCACGGCGCAGCGGCAGAGGGUCCCGGCCCGAGCGGGCUGCCAUCGCCUUCAUCGCCGCCGCGCGGAGAUCGCCCGGGCCGGGCCGCCUUUGGUUCUGGUAUUUUUCUGGCUUUGGUUUCCCGCGCGGAGAAGCCGGCAUCGCGUCGGAAGCCCGACCUUUCCUUCGGAAGCAGAUGGACUGAGGACGGACAGACUGAUGGUCGGGUGACCGCUGGGCAGCCCCUGCUUGUCUGGGCUUCUUUCCUUUGGUUUCCUUUCGACCUGGAGCCCCCCCAGGCUCUCUCCUUGGGGGCACAGGUGGGCUUUGGGGAGGCGGGGCAGCUCGGAGGAACAGCCCCCCCAGCCCCCCCUGCUGCCCCGAGGGCGUGGCCAGGGGGGGAAGGGCCCCGGGGUGGCGGCACCCUAUCGGCUUUUAGUUCAUCUGUUCAAUGAUAAUAAAAACAUCCUCCCUCA